UUGCCCUGGUGAGGACGAAGCGCCAUAGCCACGGUAGCCCUGGCGACAAGAACCCAGCAACGAGAAUCAACAACAACAACUGAAUCCGCCAUAAAAUUAACGAAGAUAUUUUACCACUGGGAAAUACACACGUGGAAUCAGAGGGUGAUUUCCCAUUUCUUGUAAUGGCCACCUCAGGCUAUGUAGGCGAGAUCCAACCAGCAGCCCAAACCCAGGGGGCUGCUAUUACGGUCACACCAGGUCAACCUGACACCGCCUCCACCCCUUCACCUGCCUCUCAGUUUCUGGCAGAGAUUCAGACUCCUGUGGCUACUCCCACUGUUGUCACUCCAACAGGCCAGACUACCCCGACUGAACAACCUCCCUCUGUCACUACUCAGAAAUCUGCAUCUGGGAGUCAAUCACAGUCCACAGCACCUGCCCAGCCAGCUCAGCCUCAGUAUGUUACUGCAGAGAUCCAGGGCUCCCCCACUCAGCCUGGAAACACUCAAAGCACUCCUCAGUACAUUGUUGUUACAGUCACAGAGGGUUCCCUUCACUCAAGUGACAGUGUGUCAGACUCCAGUCCCCCUCCAGCUGUAGUGCAGACAGGAGUCCCCACACAAGUUGUUCAGCAGGUACAGACAGCCCAGCAGAGAUCUGUGGUGCAGGCCACCUCCCAGAUAGCCAAAACUGAGCCAGGCACGCAGCUCAGUGUUACCAGUCUACAGCCUGUUCAUAUCACCCAGGAGCUUCCCCCUUGCUACGAGUUCGUCAUGUUAGUCAGGGAUGAGAAUUUAGAAGGACUGCAGCUUCAUCAUGAUCAUCAUGAGAUACAACAGCCUGAAUGUCUGAUCUGGACAUCAGAAGACAGAAUUAAUUCCAAAUUGUUCAGGCCCCAAUCACCUAACCAAGUCCAGCAGCAGCUCACACCAGUGCCAGUGCAACAUGUGUACGCCAAUCAAGUGCAGUAUGUUGAAGGAGGAGACAGCAACUACGCCACCAGCACCAUUCGUUCCAGCACCUUCCCCUACACUGAAACAACUCUGUACACCCAGACUACGGCUGCUCAGUAUUAUGAAAGUCAGCCAACUUCAGCCACCCAGGCCUCCACCCCUGGCGCAUCUUUGACCGUCUCUGUGACUGCUGGCACCGCAGGGGGUGUGUCUAUGUUUGUGGCCCAGCCCACUAGUGCAACAGGGGGAGGGGCAACUGUAGUGACCACAGGGGGGACCACCAACGGGGCAGAGGAUGGGGCAGGCACCAAUGGUAGUGCAGCAGCCAGCUAUGUGAUCCAGGGGGGUUACAUGCUGGGCAGCAGCAGUGGAGGGACAGCCGGCAACAGCCAGAACUACUCACACACCGCCCGCGCCUCCCCAGCCACUGUGAGUAUUACAGAGGGCGAGGAGAGUAGCGUGCCGUCGGCAGACAAGAAGGUACAGUGGUUGCUGGACAACUAUGAGACAGCUGAGGGAGUAAGUCUGCCACGUUCCACCCUUUACUGCCACUACUUGUUGCACUGCCAGGAGCAGAAACUGGAGCCUGUUAAUGCUGCUUCUUUUGGGAAACUUAUAAGAUCCGUGUUUAUGGGGCUACGUACACGACGACUGGGCACCCGGGGAAAUUCUAAAUACCACUAUUAUGGGCUGAGAAUCAAGGCAGGCUCUUCUCUUCUCCGUCUCAUGGAAGACCAACAACAUCUGGCCAUGAGGCAGCAGCCGUUCUCACAGAAACAGAGGCUGAAGCCUGUUCAUAAAGUUGAAGGAAUGACCAAUGGCACAGCAGCAGGAGCAGGCCAGCAGCAGCAACAGCAGCAGGGUUCAGGGCAUGUGGAUAUCAGCACCCAGGUUCAACAGUACCAACAGUUCUUAGAUGCAUCCAGAGCACUCCCAGAGUUCCCUGACAUCGACCUCCAGGGGAAAUCCCUGCCAGAGGGCAUUGAACUUGAGCAUAUAAAGAGCUUUCAGCUGCUGUACAGAGAACACUGUGAGGCCAUACUGGAUGUGAUGGUCAACCUGCAGUUUACGCUGGUGGAGACUCUCUGGAAAACCUUCUGGAGGUUCAGCCAGAGUCAGGCUGGAGAUGCUGCAUUGGCGGUUCAUGAUGAGUCAGAGAAGCGUCUCCCAAAGUCCUGUCUAGUAUUGCUGUGCAAGUAUGAGCCAGUGCUGCGCUGGAGCCGCGACUGUGACAACAGCUUGUACCAGAGCCUGGUGGAGAUCCUCAUCCCUGAUGUCCUCAGACCCAUCCCCAGUGCCUUAACUCAAGCCAUCCGUAACUUUGCCAAGAGCCUGGAAAGCUGGCUGACUAAUGCCAUGAUGAACAUCCCCGAGGAAAUGGUCCGCAUCAAGGUAACGUCAGCUAAUGCAUUUGCCCAGACACUGCGUCGUUACACUAGUCUCAACCACCUCGCCCAGGCAGCCCGCGCUGUCCUCCAGAACACGGCUCAGAUCAACCAGAUGCUGUCUGACCUUAACCGCGUCGACUUUGCUAACGUCCAGGAGCAGGCUUCAUGGGUUUGCCGUUGUGAAGACCGCGUUGUCCAACGACUGGAGCAGGACUUCAAGUUGACCCUGCAGCAGCAGAACUCCUUGGAGCAAUGGGCCGUGUGGCUUGAUGGUGUGGUCUCCCAGGUCCUAAAGCCUUACCAGCACAGCCCCGCUUUUCCAAAGGCUGCCAAGCUCUUCCUACUCAAGUGGUCCUUUUACAGUUCCAUGGUAAUCAGAGACCUGACCCUGAGGAGUGCAGCCAGUUUUGGGUCCUUUCACUUGAUCCGUCUGCUGUACGAUGAGUACAUGUACUACCUUAUAGAGCACAGAGUGGCCCAGGCUAAAGGAGAGACCCCCAUCGCUGUUAUGGGAGAGUUUGCCAGUUUAGGCCGGGGGCUGAACCAGCUGGACCCUGAUAAAGAAGAGGAAGAGGAAGAAGAGGAGGAAAGCGAUGAAGAAAGCCAGGAGCUGUCUCUACCUUCUGAUGCAGCCGUGAUAGGAGAAGAGUCUCUGGAGCCGCCCGCCAAGCUAGCCAGAACUGAUCAGCGAGUCCUCUUCACCAGUGGGCAUACAAAAUUUAAACAACACUCGGUCAUUUGCUGCUGCCUGGAUGGCAUGCCCACCUGUUGACACCACUGAUGAAUUCCAGUCACUGGAGUUGCAGUAGGAUGUGGCUUCAGAAACCAGUCACUUACUGCAAAGAAAAACAGCAUUUUAACCCUCAGUUGUAUGAAUCUGUAAAAAUGAACUAAAGCCAGGCAUGUUUUCUUUGUCAUUGCAUCGCAACCUACAGCCUCGCUGAGAAAACCCUCCUGAAGUCGUCACUGCCGUAUCAAAGUGGUCUUUAAAAUACUGUGAUGUGUGUGUGUGAAGGUAACUUGUGUAAGAGAAGGGUGCAAAGUGGACCUUAAACAGUGGUUGUUCAGACUAGUUGUUACUACUCUAUCAAGCGCUACAUGAAACUGUCAUCCAGAAGGGGAGAGAGGUUUGUAAGACAGCAGAUGGUUGGGGAUUUUUUGGGGGUGGGUUUGUCUAGUGUGUGAGUGUUUGUGUGUUUUCUGUCUGCUUGUAUGAGCACUGUGGUCACACCGCUAUGCUGUUAUUUCUGGAAGUUGACUAAACAUGCUUUUCCAUGGUUGUGUGCAUUUGUUAAUGGGAUUGUGAGUCAUGCAAAGUGUUUCUGUAGAUAUUUUCUUAUGCAUUUAAAAUUUUUUGGGAUUUGGGAGUUGUGCUUAGAUUCCCUCUUUGAUUUUAUUAGCCUGUAAAGAAAAACUUCUUGUGUUCUUGGAGUGCCUGUCGCAGCUGCUACACACACUUGUAAAGAUAACGCUACAGCUUUGAAAUAGGGACUCCCAUUAGUUGCUGCAAAAAAAAGAUCCUCACUUAUCUUGAACAUGUGGUUUUACAAGAGAGGUACUGUAUGUGUCAUAUUUUAUGUUCAAAGUGCUUCAAUCCUGUCCUAAUAAGUUCCUCUGUGGCCUAAUUUUCCUUUGAGACAUUAUUUUCUUGCCUUAUUUCAAUAUAUUUUUCCAUGUGUGUGCCAAACCGGUUUUCUUUGAUCCUAGAUCCUGUGUUUUUAUGUUUUUUUAAUGAUCUUUCUAGGUUUUAAGGAGGAAUGUGCCUCAGCAAGAACGGUGAUAUAUUCUACUGUAUAUUUAUCCACUAUUUUGAAUUCUGUUGUCACUAAGUGAACCUCUUGUGCAGUGUAUGGUGCUGUGUUGUCACACAUUGUAAGCAACCUUUGUGUGCAUUAUUGAUUUUUAAUUAUAUGUUCUGUUAUCAAUCCUAAAUCAUAUUGGAUUACUUUUACCACAAACAGGCUUAGGCUCUGCCUCUUUGCACAUACUGACUAUUAUCUUUAAACUUCAGAGUUAUCUGAAAUGUUUCAACAUUUUCUUUGAAGUCUAAGGCGUCUUUUCAGUGGUGAGAUGGAGGUUUCAGAUUGCAUGCAAGUAUUUCAUACCACUCAGCGCAAUGCAGAGAAAUCUGUAUGAGGUGAGAAAUGUAAUGGCUUUUUCUGAAAAAUCCUCCACCACCACUCAUCUCACUGCGUUUCCGCCUUUCCUGCCAAUGGCUUUGUUUUGCUUUAAACAUCCAUUUUCUUAAACACUGUUUGUCAAGAUUGGUUGGUGUAAUCUUUUUCUUUUUUCCACGUUUUAUCAUUCAGUGGCUGCAGUGCUUAUGUUUUCAACAAGCAUUGCCAGCUUCAAACCAGCACAUCAUCCUUUAUAUGGAGUUUAAUGCUACCAUGGCUGAGUACAUAUCACUCCAGUUUUAAAUUGAUUUACAGCAUACAGAAUGGUUUGACCAGUAAAAAAAUGUUUAGUCAUUUUUAUAGUUCAUUGUUUCUUAUGUAAAAAACAAAUUGAGAAAAAAAAAGUUGUUCAGUGGCAGUGUUUUAUGAAUUUGGUCUGCUAUAAGUAUGACUGUGCCUUUGGAGGUGGUAGAAUGCAAUUCAGAUGUUUUUAAUUUUAAAGAUAUAAAUUAAAGAAAUUUUUAAAAUUGCAUUAUUGUGUCUCAUUUAUUUUCCUGGAAGUUCAGAAAAAGUUCACUUUUUUUAAAGUACAAAUCAGUGUUUAUCAUCUUUGUGGCAAUUUCCCAAAACUGGCUGGGUUAUAAUGAACUACAGCUACAGUACAGAUUAACACAAUCAAAUAUUUAAAUUCCUAAAUCUGUGGACAACUAACUGGGUCAUAUUUAUGCUCAGCAGGGAUGUGAGUUUAAAGCUACAACUGUUAUAGUUAGUGGGAAUUGUGAAAUGGCAUACAUUUGUUUAUUUAUGCCAUUUAUUUAUUGAUUUAUAAAGAAUAAUUCAGUGCAUAGUAAAGUUACAAAAGUAAGAAAAAAGGAUCUUAUAGUUGCUACCAAU